AUGGUACUCACCUCCAUUGCCAUCUUCCUGUUGGUCCUUUUGAUGCUCUUAUUGUGGUCAUUUAAGCAAAGGGGAGUUACUGUUGCAUUGCAACAACAUGAAGUUGAAGUUCCUGCUACUGCUGUUUGGGUGGGCAACCCACCUGGUUUGAAUGCAGAUGCAAUUACUGCUGUUGCACCACAUUUCAGAUACUCCAUUGAGGUCCCAAAUGCAGAAGAAGCAUGUUCUAUUUGUCUGGAGGAAUUCCGGCAAGGCGAUGAUAUGGCACAACUCCUUUGUGGUCACCUUUUUCACCAUGCCUGUAUAGCCGAAUCACUCGCUCACCGUGGUGCAUGCCCAAACUGCAAUCUCAGUGUUACUCCUGCUGCUGUGCAUACUGCUUCUGGAGAUUUUACUUUGUAUUAG